CGAUAUGUCAUAUUAUUGGGUAGCUCUGGUCUUAUUUACCGCGCAAGCCUUUUCAAUUGAAGGGGAUAGAUCCGCUAGUUAUCAAGAGAAGUGUAUUAGCCGACGGCUUAUCAACCAUUAUCAAUUAAACAAAGAAAUUUUUGGUGUGGGAAUGUGCGAUGGUAAUAAUGAAAACGAGUUCCGUCAAAAACGCCGUAUUGUCCCUACAUUUCAAGGCAAUCCAAGGCCACGAGGUGAACUUUUGGCCAGUAAGUUUCACGUAAAUUCCUAUAACUUCGAGCAGACUAACUCAUUGGUUGGGUUGGUUAACAAAAUUGCCCAAGAGUACCUCAAUAAAUGCCCACCGGUCAUAUAUUAUGAUAGCUUUGUGGAAAAAUCUGACGGAUUAAUUCUAGAGAAUUUGUUCAAGACUAUUCCUAUUACUUUCUACCACGGGGAAAUCAAUGCAGACUACGAAGCAAAAAAUAAACGUUUUACGAGCCAUAUAGAUUGCAAUUGCAAAAGCUACAUUCUUUUCCUUUCGGACCCAUUAAUGACGCGAAAGAUUUUAGGCCCGCAAACUGAAAGUCGUGUAGUUCUUGUCUCAAGGUCCACCCAAUGGAGACUUCGUGAUUUUUUGUCUUCGGAGCUAUCCUCAAACAUUGUAAAUUUACUAGUUAUUGGGGAAUCGCUCAUGGCUGACCCGAUGCGCGAGCGCCCAUACGUACUCUACACCCACAAGCUCUAUGCAGAUGGACUUGGCUCAAACACUCCGGUAGUGCUAACCAGCUGGAUAAAGGGAGCUUUGUCACGUCCACAUAUAAAUCUUUUCCCAUCGAAGUUUCAAUUUGGGUUUGCGGGACACAGAUUUCAAAUUUCAGCCGCAAAUCAGCCGCCGUUUAUUUUUCGAAUUCGCACUUUAGAUUCCUCAGGAAUGGGCCAGUUGCGUUGGGACGGAGUUGAAUUUCGUCUGCUGACAAUGAUAUCUAAGCGGCUAAACUUUUCGAUAGAUAUCACUGAGACCCCAACACGGUCGAAUACGCGCGGGGUAGUAGACACCAUCCAGGAACAGAUUAUAGAAAGAACAGUAGACAUUGGUAUGUCCGGUAUAUAUAUAACACAGGAACGGCUGAUGGACUCAGCCAUGUCGGUGGGGCACUCACCCGAUUGUGCAGCUUUCAUAACACUUGCAUCGAAGGCGCUGCCGAAAUACAGAGCCAUAAUGGGACCGUUCCAAUGGCCAGUCUGGGUCGCUCUGAUUUGCGUUUACCUCGGUGGAAUAUUUCCGAUAGUUUUUACCGACCGUUUGACACUUAGCCAUUUAAUGGGUAAUUGGGGUGAGGUAGAAAACAUGUUCUGGUAUGUAUUUGGCAUGUUCACAAACGCUUUCUCCUUCACCGGAAAAUACUCGUGGAGCAACACGCGGAAAAAUUCCACACGCCUUCUAAUUGGAGCAUAUUGGCUCUUUACAAUUAUCAUUACAUCUUGCUACACAGGUUCCAUCAUAGCAUUCGUAACGUUGCCAGCUUUUCCGGACACCGUUGACUCUGUGUUGGAUCUGCUGGGAUUGUUCUUUCGCGUUGGAACCCUGAACAAUGGUGGCUGGGAGACCUGGUUCCAGAACUCGACCCAUAUACCGACGUCUAGAUUGUACAAGAAAAUGGAGUUUGUCGGGUCCGUAGAUGAGGGCAUUGGCAACGUUACCCAGAGCUUCUUUUGGAACUAUGCCUUUCUUGGCUCAAAGGCUCAGCUCGAAUACCUGGUGCAGUCAAAUUUUUCAGAUGAAAAUAUUUCCCGCCGAUCGGCGCUUCAUUUGAGUGAAGAGUGUUUUGCUCUUUUCCAAAUAGGAUUUCUGUUUCCCCGAGAGUCAGUGUAUAAAAUCAAAAUCGACUCGAUGAUAUUACUUGCCCAGCAAAGUGGUCUUAUUGCAAAAAUCAAUAACGAGGUAAGCUGGGUCAUGCAGCGAUCAUCUUCAGGACGCCUGCUCCAGGCAAGUUCUUCGAAUUCCUUACGCGAAAUAAUUCAGGAAGAGCGCCAAUUGACUACAGCGGACACAGAAGGAAUGUUCCUGCUCAUGGCACUGGGCUACUUUCUAGGAGCCACAGCCCUGGUAUCCGAGAUCGUCGGUGGGAUUACCAACAAGUGCCGCCAAAUAAUCAAGCGCUCCCGCAAGUCGGCCGCCUCCUCUUGGUCGUCGGCGUCAAGUGGGUCAAUGCUUCGCACUAAUGCCGAGCAACUUUCCCAUGAUAAGCGAAAGGCCAAUAGACGCGAGGCUGCUGAGGUUGCUCAAAAAAUGAGUUUUGGAAUGCGCGAGUUAAAUCUUACCCGCGCAACGCUUCGGGAAAUAUACGGAAGCUACGGGGCACCUGAAACAGAUCAUGGUCAGCUAGACAUCGUCCACACUGAGUUUCCAAACAGUUCUGCAAAAUUAAAUAAUAUUGAAGACGAAGAAUCUCGGGAAGCUCUUGAAUCUCUGCAGCGUUUAGACGAAUUUAUGGACCAGAUGGAUAACGACGGCAAUCCUUCCUCACAUACAUUCCGUAUUGACAAUUAAUCACAGAAAUUUUUAAAUGCAAAUACAAAAUAAUCACUUUAGUGCACAUGAAAUUAUAUGUAUUGAAAUAAAAAGUUUGAUGCAACAACAAAUUUU